GUACUCACUAUGUUUCCAAAUGCAGCAGCUCGUGAAUUACUGGUAAUGCUGAUAUUUAUCUUAGUUUUCUGGGCCAUUUACUUGUCUUUAAAAGAAAUAAAGCUCAUCGGGCUCCAGCCCACUGUGCGCGUCAAUCCCGCGCAGCACGAAGUAGUGUACGAAGCAGCAGGCAGCGGGAAGGAGCCCAAGCCUGGGCUGCGUGCCAUGCCACUUCUGCUCAUCCCAGCCCCGCGGUCCAACAUAGGAGUUGAAUUGCUGAAAGACUUUACCUCCAGCAAGGUCUUACAAUGCAACAGUAAUUAGAACUUAGAAAAGAAAUGCCAGGUUGGAAUGAAGAUACCUUUCCCAGGGGUUAUACUGUGGAAAAGGCGGGUCACAGCAUUUUCCUUCAAAUAUUUUGACCACCGUGGAACCGGGGUCUUUAACCACAUGCUUCUGGAUGCUGAAAGACAUUUGAUUCAGUGGGAAAAGCAUGGUCAUCCAUUUAUUACCACGAAUCUGUUCUCUGUGAAAGAUGAACACUAUAUCCCACGAGAAAUUGACCAGGUAGCAGAAGACAGAGAACAGCACUUCAGACCCUUUCCCAUCAGCAUUUUCAUCAGUAGGGCCAUCAAUUUGCAAAAGGCCAUUGAAUGUCUGCUCUUGCGCAGCCCAGAGACCAAGGUGAUCCUUAAACAGCAGCGGUUCUCAACCUUAAAUACCAGGGAGCUGUGUCUGCAUGCAGAGAUGUUUGGUGACGUUCAUGGCUAUAGUCAGAAUCUUAUCAUGAGGGACAUUUAUGUGGACCUCAGUAUGGGUAUUAUUGAUGCCUAGGACAUGACUAUUGCAUAUGGCACUAACCAUAGAGGAGAAGAACCAGAUGUCGCCGCCGCUGAAGUUGGCCUUGGGAAACAGGCCCUCUACGAGGACGUGCCCAUUUCACAGCCCCUGCUCCGGCUGAAAAAGGUGGAUGCCCUCCUUGCCCAUUCGGGCUCAGAGCUGGGCAGCUGUCCUAUGCAGAUGCCACCCUUACUCAGCUCAGGCUCUGGUGGCUCCCCCGCCCCUACAGGACCCAGGAAAUACAACAUAGAUGGCGCCCCCAUGCUCUCUGCCUGCAGCCAUGCCCUCAAACACUCCUGUCGGAGGCGUUAUUCCCACACCCAGGCCAAGUGGAGGGCCGGCAUGGCAGCGGAGCAGCGUGGCUGGGUCUCAGUGAUCGUCAGAAGCUCACAAGCCUACGCCUCUGCUCGCAUCCCCUCUGUCACUACCCCAUGGGCCACAGCCAGGAACAGGACAGCAUACCUCUCAGCAGGCGGCUCAGGCAAGCCCAACAGCCAGGCCAACGUCAACGGAGGGGAGAGCAUGCUCUCCAUGGAGGUCUUUUGUGGGCAGUAA